ACAACACUGCCUUGCACAUCGAAAUUUCUUGUAAACAUGCUUUUAAACGUGAUUUAAACAAUCAAAAAAGCUCCAAGAUCCUUUGUCAAGAUGCGCUGCUACUACGAGGAGCUCGGGCUCCAACGAGACGCCAACGAUAGUGAAAUCAAAACAGCAUAUCGCAAACUGGCGCUCCGCUGGCAUCCCGACAAGAAUCCAAACAGCUUGGCUGAGGCCAAGGAGAAAUUCCUACUGAUCCAACAGUCUUAUGAAGUGCUCUCGGACCCACAGGAACGCGCCUGGUAUGACAACCACCGCGAGCAGAUUCUGCGGGGCAAGAACUCUGAGUAUUCGGAGAACUGCCUGGAUGUCUUCCCAUACUUCACCAACUCCUGCUACAAAGGCUACGGAGAUGAGGAAAAGGGAUUCUACAAAGUUUAUGCCGAUGUCUUCGUCCAGAUCGCCUCAGAGGAUUUCGAGUUCAUGGACAGCGAUGACGAGCUGGGAGUCGCACCCCCGUUCGGCAAUUCAGCUAGCAGCUAUGAGGAAGUCGUGGGCCCGUUCUACGCCUUCUGGGCUGCCUACAGCACCAAAAAGACAUACGAAUGGCUGUGCCCGUACGACGUGAGGGAGAUCAAGGAACGUUUCAUUCUCCGCAAGGUGGAAAAAGAAAUGAAAAAAGUUGUUCAAAACGCCCGCAAGGAGCGCAACGAAGAGAUUCGUAAUUUGGUUAAUUUUGUGCGCAAGCGGGAUCGCCGUGUCUUGGCCUACAGACGUGUACUGGAGGAGCGAGCCGAGGCUAAUCGGCUGAAGCAGGAGGAGAAGCGUCGGGAGCAGUGGCGCAAACGCAAGGAGGAGAUGGCCGCCGCCAAGGAGAACAAAGUCUACAAUGAGGGCUACGAAGAGCAGCUUAGGCAAUUGGAACAGGCAUACGGCAGCGAUUCGGACGACUACACAGAAGAGGAUGAGGAUGAUGAAGACGGGGACGGCUCUGAGGCAGACAGCAACGGCAAUUUGGAUGCCGAAGAAGCCGAGUAUGAGCUGGAGUAUGUGGACGACCUGUACUGUGUGGCGUGCAACAAAUCGUUCAAAAAUGCCAAGGCGCGGGCCAAUCACGAGGAGAGCAAAAAACACCGAGACAAUGUAGAACGUCUGCGCCAGGAGAUGGAGGCCGAGGAGGAAGCCUUCAAUGAUGCCUCUCCCGCAGAUAGUCUCCAUGAUGUCGAAGAAACACUGGAUGAAAUGCAUCUAAACGACGACCAGGAGGACGCCCAAGAGGAGGAGGUGGCGCUUAGUGAAGAGGAUUCGGCGGCGAUAAAACGGAACAAGAAGAACAAAAAGUCAAAGAAAGCUGUGGCCAAGCAACAGCAGCAAGAGGACAGCGAUGUCCCCGAUGAUCCUAUUCAGCUUAACCAAGCCAAGAGCGACUCUGAAGACGACUGGAGCAAAGGGAAAAAGUCAGCCAAGAAGAGCAAAAGCAAAAAGUCAACGACCACCAAGGGAAAGCCUGCUGAGCAAGUGCCCGAUCCACCCAAAGAGGUCAAAGCCACACCAGCAGUAGUCGUGGCCAAGGAGGAGCGAGAGGAUCCAGACGACGAUCCAACAAAGCCACAGCACACUUGCGUCACCUGCCGCCUCGUGUUUGACUCGAAGAACAAACUGUUUGCGCAUCUGAAGAAGACAAACCACGGCGUCUACAUCCCAAAGGCCCAGCCGGAUGUGGUGGGCAAGCCGCCAGGCAAAGCCAAGGGCAAGCGAAACAAGUAAAAGAAUGGCACUCCGCCGGAUGUUGUACAUUAUAUUGUAGAAAUGUUAGAGGUCUAUUUAUGCUAUACUAGUUUCAGUUAAUUCGCAAAUGAAGUUAAGUAUUCCCGCUAAAUGGAAGUUGUC